GGUGUGCAUGCGGUAUAUGGUAUUAAUUUACGUUUAAAAAAGAAACAAACAAUAUUAAUAGACUAAACAGAUUAAAGUAGUGUGAUUUUUACUAGUACAAAACUAAUGUAAAAAUUUUACGGAACAACACAAGCCGAAUUACAAGUAGGCGCUGACCCCUGACCUCGAUGACGAUAGCUAGUGUCAUUUUCAACACUGGUCAAUAUGGCAUACUACCAAAACAUUGUUGUAUCAACAACAUAGUGUCGGAGUCGAAUUGUAUAUAUUUUAAAUUAUAUUUAUUUUUUAUAAGCACAAUUGCAUGAAAAUACUUGAAGGAAAUGAGCGCUCCACAAGAACAUAAGGAGACGCCUUUGGAGGUGAUCCAUGAGUUCAUCAACGGCGUAGAUGAUGGGUCCAUACGCCGAGACCUGGGGGAGGACUGCAUCCUCAGCUUCUACAGUCGAAAUGUGCGUGGCGCCAAGGCAGUCACCGGAUUUCUGAGGAACCAGUUGACAAUGCGCUACAAGCACGAGGGAUUCGAGGAAGCAGCGCAAAUUGAGCGGGGCGACGAGCUUCUCCUAAAGGCGCGCUUCGGCAGAUCGUUUGACUUGGAACGUCGUCGCAUCUACGAGGAGAAGGAGCGCACAGGCACCACUCUGCAUGUGCAUCCAGAGAGCGAUGACGAGGAAGUAAAUAAAGAGUUUUCCUCAACCCUGAUCACGCCCCCCCGUCCGUCGAGCUACAAUUUGAACUCACUGAAGUAUGUGGAGGCGUGUGGCCAGUUGAACAAGCGUGAUGAACAUGUCUACGGCGGCCUUGACAUGGGCGAAUCAUGCGUCGUCCACCUCACUUUGGGCUAUCGGAGCACCUUGCUGCCCGGCGGUAAAGCGAGCGGCUUUGAAAUCUGCCUGGCUGUCUACGAUCGGGGUCUGAAAAACCUUAAACGAUCCACUCUAACUUCGCCACUGUGCAGCAUUUCCUUUGCACGACGGGCCAGCGCCCGAUGUAAUCCCACCACCGAUGAUGAGGGGGAUACUGAGGAGGAUUCACCGCCGCCAACAGCGAGGCGCUGCGUGCGUCGUACUUUAUUUACAGAGGAGAACACUCAGAAAGAAGAGGAUCCCGAUUCCAUACCCCUGGAAGAGCAGCAGCCAGCACCGCAGCAGCAGACAGCACCGCAGCAGCAGACAGCACCGCAGCAGCAGACAGCACCGCAGCAGCAGACAGCACUGCAGCAGCAGGCGGCACCGCAGCAGCAAGCAGCACCGCAGCAGCAGACAGCACUGCAGCAGCAGGCAGCACCGCAGCAGCAGACAGCACCGCAGCAGCAGACAGCACCGCAGCAGGUUGAGGAGACUGGUGAGGUAGUAGAUCUAUCCACACCCUUGAAGACCACAAGUUUAUGCAGCUAUACAUCGAGGAAACGACAACAGACAAUCCAUUGCAACGAAGUAGAGCGAAAACGCGCGACGGGACCAAGGCGGAUGCGUUUCUAGUUGCUUUUCCAAAUCAACGUAGCACAAUUCUUUUUUUUGGCUUUCGAGGAUACCCGACAAAUUUCCGUAAUUAUUUGAACAAGACUGAUUGCACCCGUUUUGGUCCCGCUUCCAGGGACCCCGCGUCGCGCUAGGCUAAACCACAAUAUGUAUUGUAUUACAUAAUCUCCUAUAUUUAUUUGUGUAUUAAAGUUCAAUGUUUAUUUAA